AUGCCUCGACCCACACGUGAGUCCUACGGAGACCAAAAACCACCGUUCUCAUACAUAGCCCUGACCGCCAUGGCCAUCUGGAUCCCGGAGCGCAUGCUGCCUCUCUCAGAGAUCUACCGGUUCAUCACGGACCGCUUCCCGUACUACCGGCGCAACACGCAGCGCUGGCAGAACUCGCUGCGGCACAACCUGUCCUUCAACGACUGCUUCGUGAAGGUGCCGCGCCGCCCGGACCGGCCCGGCAAGGGCGCCUACUGGACGCUACAUCCGCAGGCCUUCGACAUGUUCGAGAAUGGGUCGCUGUUGAGGAGGCGCAAGCGGUUUAAGUUACAUAAGGGGGAGAAGGACAGUUUAAAUGCGGAGCUGGCGGCGCUGGCCAGUUUUAAUAGAGCGUUUCUGGCGCGUCAGGCUGGCGGGCCGCCGCCGCCGCCGAGUAUGCCAAGUGGAGGGUUGUAUGGUCCUUCUGUGAACCUCUGUUCGAGGUUGAGUCCCGAGCCGCUGGAAGCGCCGGACACGGCGGCGCUGCUGCCGGCGGGCCCGCGGCCGCGGCGCGCGUUCACGAUCGACGCGCUGCUGGAGCCGGAGCCUCGGCGCUCGCCAUCCCCGCCGCCGCCGCCGCCGCUGCAGCCGCACUGCCCGCUGCCGCUGCCGCCCGCGCCCUACCUGCUGGCGGCGCAUCGCUACCACGCGGAGCUGCUGGCUGGCCUGCAGCAGUCAUGUCUGCCCCCCUUAUGGACGUGGCGAGAUACCAACCAAUUUUCACAUUAUACGCUAAAUUCAUGA